GUGCUCCAAGAAGCGAACCCUGAAGGAAAGAGCAGAGAUGCUAGGGAUCACGAGCCCGUAUUCUGGAUCUCGAUUGAGUUCUCGCAGACGCAGAUCGCGUUCUUGGAUCGCAUGGGCCAAGUCGGCUUUAAGGUAGUGGACGACUUCGCUUGCCGCGAGCGUGGCUAUGCCAACCCAGGUUCAAUGUACGAAUGCUACAGGUUCGAAAAAGCACCUCCUCUCUGGAUCUGA